GCUGAUUGGAUGAACCGGACCAGAGUGGGCAGGGGAUCAGCAGAGGUUAUAAAAUGCCAGCCCUCAUAGACGUUCGCUGCUUCUCGAAAUAAUCAACAUCCGUUCAACAAAGGCAUCGAAACGGCGUCAAGGCUGGACUAACACGGACAAUAACGGGGAAUCCCGUUUAUAAAUGAGCACUUAACCAUCCAACAAACAUCUAUGUCAAGACUGCCAACGGACCACAUCUAGCUGCCGUGUCUUCUGUCUCGCAUUGGACCACAGUGACAGUGCAUACCUAAUCUAAAGCAGAGUAUCGGUUUAACCAAGACCGACGUCCACAAUGGUUCAGAAUAAGAAUAACACCCCAGAAGUCACUGGCUUCCACCGCUCUUUUAAUGUCCAAAACCCGUUCAAUUCUGAAGAUUAUACCAAAACAGACUCCAGUCUCCACGAGUCAAACUUACAUUUAGAUUGUCCCCCAAGACCUGACAUGCCAGCCAGCCAGCCGAUUAACAUCCCAGAUGCCAAGAAGAGGACCAAGAAGAAGAAAUGCAGGGCCACCGACAGCUUCACAGGACGAUUCCAAGAUGUAUACGUGCUGCAGACGGAGGUGCUGGGCGAGGGGGCCUAUGCUGUCGUCCAGACCUGCAUCAACCUCAUCACCCAGAAGGAAUAUGCUGUCAAGAUCGUCGAGAAGCGUGCGGGUCUCAGUCGGAGCCGAGUCUUCAGGGAAGUGGAGAUGCUCUAUCAGUGCCAGGGACACAGAAACAUUCUGGAGCUGGUCGAGUUCUUUGAGGAAGAAGACAAAUUCUACUUGGUUUUUGAGAAACUAAGAGGAGGGUCAGUGUUGACCCACAUCCAUCGUAGACAACACUUUAGUGAGCAGGAGGCCAGUUAUGUGGUGCAGGACAUCGCCAGUGCUCUAAACUACCUCCACAACAAGGGAAUGGCACACAGGGACCUGAAGCCUGAAAACAUCCUGUGUGAGCACGUGGACCGGAUGUCACCGGUGAAGAUCUGUGAUUUUGACCUGGGCAGUGGCAUCCGGCUGAACAGUGACAGCUCCCCUAUCUCUACUCCUGAACUCAUCACUCCGUGUGGUUCAGCAGAGUACAUGGCUCCGGAGGUGGUGGAGGCCUUCAGUGAGGAGGCUACGAUCUAUGAUAAGCGCUGUGACCUGUGGAGUCUGGGGGUCAUCCUGUACAUUAUGCUGAGUGGGUACCCUCCCUUCGUAGGGCGCUGUGGCACCAACUGUGGCUGGGACUGGGGAGAGCCCUGCCAGGAAUGCCAGAACAUGCUGUUUGAGAGCAUCCAGGAGGGGAAGUACGAGUUCCCUGAGAAGGACUGGAAGCAGAUCUCCUCUGGAGCUAAAGACCUCAUCACCAGGCUUCUGGUCAGAGACGCCAAGAACCGCCUCAGUGCUGCUCAGGUCCUGCAGCACCCCUGGGUCCAAGGGUGUGCUCCCAACACCGUGCCCUCCAGGCUGAACCACAGAGGCAGCAGAGCCCAGGACCUGACCUUCUUCGCUGGCCAGGCAGUGGCCGUCACCCGCCAGCUAGCUGAGCAGGACGAGAGCGACCGUCAGGAGAGAGAGGACCGCAACGAAGAUUCUGAGGAAGAAGGGUCAUUGGGUUCCCUCUCUCUGUCCCCCUCGCCCCACCACAUGGCUACCAGCACCACUGCUAGCUGCAGCCUCAGCCCCCAGAGCUCCCUGCGCCCCCUCUCCCCCUUGUCCUCUCGGCUGGCCCGGCAAAAGAGGAGAGGGCCCCCCCACACAGGGCCAGUGUGUGCCUCGGAGCUCCGGCAGCUCCUUGCACCCCUGGUCAUCAUGGAGGACUGUGCCUGAAACCUCUAACCGUUAAACUGACCGACCAACUGCAAACCUAACCUGUUAAUGCUCCUGAAAAUUCACUGCUCAUCUCCUCCUCCCACCUCUUUUCCUCUCUACCCCCUCCCAUCAUCUUUCUCAUCACUAAGCCACACCUGCAAUACCUCAGUGGCUUGGAUGAUGGGGAUGUGGUCUUCGCAGCACUUAAAGAAGCACAUUGACACUCUGCCUAAUUCGAAGACUCUUCUACUCUUGGGGUGGGGGAGGGAGGGGAAAGGGAUUUUGAAGAGUGGGUCUUCCCGCUCUGAAUUGAAAACUUCAUCAACCAGCUUCAUCAGAUAUACUAGAGGCCAAGUGGGUUCAAUGAGUUGGCCAGAUAACAAGUCGAAAUAGACAUUGAUUUUAUUGUUAAUAUAAAAAAAAAAGCUCAACUUGGAUAUGUUUUUUUUGUUAAAUCAAUUCGACAUGCCGUUUUUCAAGCUUAUCUUUCUACAAAAUAAAACGUAUCAGAAUAUGUAGGCACGUUAGCUGGCUAACUCCUUUAUAGUAUACCCCUCAGGACCUUCCCUCUACUUCAGUCUACGAGGGGCGGGAUGGCCCAGCUAUCCAGCUAGCAGCAGUGUUGUAACGCACUUAUCCAAACUGAGACCUUUGUCAGUUUCACUGAGUGGCUCACUCAAACCCUUCCCUGCUUGUUGUAGUGGGAGCUCGGGUGACCUGAUAACCGGGCCCGGCCGAUAGGCUAGCCAACUCUUUACGAGGCAGCUAGGCUAGCCAACUCUUUACGAGGCAGCUAGGCUAGCCAACUCUUUACGAGGCCGCUAGGCUAGCCAACUCUUUACGAGGCCGCUAGGCUAGCCAACUCUUUACGAGGCCGCUAGGCUAGCCAACUCUUUACGAGGCCGCUAGGCUAGCCAACUCUUUACGAGGCCGCUAGGCUAGCCAACUCUUUACGAGGCCGCUAGGCUAGCCUACUCUUUACGAGGCCGCUAGGCUAGCCAACUCUGACUAUCUAGUACCUCCUCAUUGCUGGGAUUUAACAAAGUCCAAACAACAUCUCGUCUGUUAUCAUUAUUUCUGCCCCUUGAACCACUGCUGUUGUGGUGGUACUAUCAAUCCAUUAUCUGAGAUCUGAGGCGUUCUGAUUGACAUGUUGUGCUCACUGACUGGCUGCAUCACAAGUGGCAUAUAGGGAAUAGGGUGCCGUUUGAUGCAGUCGUUGUUGCUGACUGUAAUAGGGAGACAUGGACCCUGCCAAAGUAGCCUGAGCUGAAGUUAAGCCUAGCCUAGACCUGGACUAAAGAUCACUUUCAAUGGAGAAUCCUUUAGUCAUGUUUCUUAGUCCAGGACUAGGCUUAAUUAAUCUGUGUCUGGGAAACAGGCCUUAAAUUGGUCUGAACCCAAGAGGGAGUCCCAGCAACGGCUUAAUUAAUCUGUGUCUGGGAAACGGGCCUUAAAUUGGUCUGAACCCAAGAGGGAGUCCCAGCAACGAAGAUACUUAAAACUUUAACACAAACUAUUUUCCAGCAGAUACCUCAGGACCUAGAAAUAUAUAGAGAGAGCUGGGGAGGGUCACCAGGUAUCAAUACAACUGUUAUUGACUCGCCAGGUAUCAGCCAGGUAAGAGAACUGUUAUUGACCUUCCAGGUAUCAACAGAAGUCAAAGAAAGACGAGGGGAGAGAUCCUCAGUUUCUUUUCUUCAAAUCACACGAUCAAACAAUCUACAUUCUAAGAUCCUAAUUAAGACGUUUUAAAGGCCUUGGUAACACCUGACAAUGGUCAUCAUCUGUCAUGUUGAUGACAAGUCAUUUAAUGUAUAAUCAAGGCCUUGGUUGACUGGCUUUUCAGUGUGUUCAGACGAGGCUCCAGCAUGGCUAGCUAGCUGGUGGUAUUCCAAGAAGACCAAAUUAACCACUUGUAGAAGGAAUGCCCAGGGCCAUGUGCUUUCGUCCCAUAUCAGUCUAGUACUGUGGUUAUAACCACCUGCCCAGAUCAGUCUAGUACUGUGGCUAUAACCACCUGCCCAGAUCAGUCUAGUACUGUGGUUAUAACCACCUGCCCAGAUCAGUCUAGUACUGUGGCUAUAACCAGCUGCCCAGCCCAGAUCAGUCUAGUACUGUGGCUAUAACCACCUGCCCAGAUCAGUCUAGUACUGUGGCUAUAACCACCUGCCCAGAUCAGUCUAGUACUGUGGUUAUAACCACCUGCCCAGAUCAGUCUAGUACUGUGGCUAUAACCACCUGCCCAGAUCAGUCUAGUACUGUGGCUAUAACCACCUGCCCAGAUCAGUCUAGUACUGUGGCUAUAACCAGCUGCACAGCCCAGAUCAGUCUAGUACUGUGGCUAUAACCAGCUGCCCAGCCCAGAUCAGUCUAGUACUGUGGCUAUAACCAGCUGCCCAGAUCAGUCUAGUACUGUGGCUAUAACCAGCUGCCCAGAUCAGUCUAGUGCUGUGGUUAUAACCAGCUGCCCAGAUCAGUCUAGUACUGUGGCUAUAACCAGCUGCCCAGAUCAGUCUAGUACUGUGGCUAUAACCAGCUGCCCAGAUCAGUCUAGUACUGUGGCUAUAACCAGCUGCCCAGAUCAGUCUAGUACUGUGGCUAUAACCAGCUGCCCAGAUCAGUCUAGUACUGUGGUUAUAACCAGCUGCCCAGAUCAGCGUAGCUCCGAUUAACUUUUGUAUAGGAAUGUCACUGUUGCUAUAAAAUAAAGGUUACUAUCGCAGGACCUAAAGCAACAACGAUACGUUAUUUGAAGUUCUCAGCAGUAUUUCUCAAAAUCUAAAUGAUUAAUUUUGGGGCCAUUUAGGGAAAGCAUUCCAAACAACAGAUCUUAAAGGAUAUGAAGCAGAUGUGAAUGAUAAACCCAUACUUUUUAUUUUUAGGUGGGUUCACUCCCAAGAACUCCUAGGGCUGUGUCCCAAAGGCACCCUAUUCCCCUAUAUAGUGCACUACUUUAGACCAGAGCCCUAUGGAACCCUAUUCCCUAUAUAGUGCACUACUUUAGACCAGAGCCCUAUGGAACCCUAUUCCCUACAUAGUGCACUACUUCAGACCAGGGCCCAUUGGGCUCUAUGUGCACUAUACAGGAAAUAGGGUACCGUUUGGGAUGUUUCUCUACUAUACUGUGCCAGGCUGCUGUUUCUCCGGCUGUUAAGCUUCUGUUUUACUGUUUUAAAGUUUCUACAUUGUUGAUGGAACAGACAGAGUGGUUCUGUGUCCCGGUCCAGAGAAUAGUUAUGUUAUUGAACUCUGGUUGAUGGGAACAGACAGUGGUUCUGUGUCCCGGUCCAGAGAAUAGUUCUGUUAUUGAACUCUGGUUGAUGGGAACAGACAGUGGUUCUGUGUCCCGGUCCAGAGAAUAGUUCUGUUGAACUCUGGUUGAUGGGAACAGACAGUGGUUCUGUGUCCCGGUCCAGAGAAUAGUUAUGUUAUUGAACUCUGGUUGAUGGGAACAGAGUGGUUCUGUGUCCCGGUCCAGAGAAUAGUUCUGUUAUUGAACUCUGGUUGAUGGGAACAGACAGAGUGGUUCUGUGUCCCGGUCCAGAGAAUAGUUCUGUUGUUGAACUCUGGUUGAUGGGAACAGACAGUGGUUCUGUGUCCCGGUCCAGAGAAUAGUUCUGUUGUUGAACUCUGUGGUUGAUGGAACAGACAGUGGUUCUGUGUCCCGGUCCAGAGAAUAGUUCUGUUGUUGAACUCUGGUUGAUGGAACAGACAGUGGUUCUGUGUCCCGGUCCAGAGAAUAGUUCUGUUAUUGAACUCUGGUUGAUGGAACAGACAGUGGUUCUGUGUCCCGGUCCAGAGAAUAGUUCUGUUGUUGAACUCUGUGGUUGAUGGAACAGACAGUGGUUCUGUGUCCCGGUCCAGAGAAUAGUUCUGUUUAAUCCUGAAUGUGGACCACAAAAGGAAUCUACUACAGUAUGUCUGGGAAGACCCUAGUAAACACUGCCACACCGUUUCUGCUCUAACAUAGACCAGUCUAGCCUAAGUGAAGCAUUUCAUGUAGAAUCCAAGGCUACAACCAGUCACCAGCAGCUUCAUAAGCAGUAGAAAAACACCCCUCUGUGUGUUGGACAGAGCCUGUCAGGAUAGAUGGCAGUAUGUUGUGUGUUGGGCAGAGCCUGUCAGGAUAGAUGGCAGUAUGUUGUGUGUUGGACAGAGCCUGUCAGGAUAGAUGGCAGUAUGUUGUGUGUUGGACAGAGCCUGUCAGGAUAGAUGGCAGUAUGUUGUGUGUUGGACAGAGCCUGUCAGGAUAGAUGGCAGUAUGUUGUGUGUUGGACAGAGCCUGUCAGGAUAGAUGGCAGUAUGUUGUGUGUUGGGCAGAGCCUGUCAGGUUAGAUGGCAGUAUGUUGUGUGUUGGACAGAGCCUGUCAGGAUAGAUGGCAGUAUGUUGUGUGUUGGACAGAUCCUGUCAGGAUAGAUGGCAGUAUGUUGUGUGUUGGACAGAGCCUGUCAGGAUAGAUGGCAGUAUGUUGUGUGUUGGGCAGAGCCUGUCAGGAUAGAUGGCAGUAUGUUGUGUGUUGGGCAGAGCCUGUCAGGAUAGAUGGCAGUAUGUUGUGUGUUGGGCAGAUCCUGUCAGGAUAGAUGGCAGUAUGUUGUGUGUUGGACAGAGCCUGUCAGGAUAGAUGGCAGUAUGUUGUGUGUUGGACAGAGCCUGUCAGGAUAGAUGGCAGUAUGUUGUGUGUUGGACAGAGCCUGUCAGGAUAGAUGGCAGUAUGUUGUGUGUUGGACAGAGCCUGUCAGGAUAGAUGGCAGUAUGUUGUGUGUUGGACAGAGCCUGUCAGGAUAGAUGGCAGUAUGUUGUGUGUUGGACAGAGCCUGUCAGGAUAGAUGGCAGUAUGUUGUGUGUUGGACAGAGCCUGUCAGGAUAGAUGGCAGUAUGUUGUGUGUUGGACAGAGCCUGUCAGGAUAGAUGGCAGUAUAUUGUGUGUUGGACAGAGCCUGUUAGAUGGCAGUAUGUUGACCCUGAGAAGUAGGACUGAGCCCUGAGAAGUAGGACUGACCUCUGAGCCCUGAGAAGUAGGACUGACCUGAGCCCUGAGAAGUAGGACCCAUUUUUUUUUAUUACCUCUGUUUAACAAGGUCAGUUAAGAACAAAUUCUUAUUUUCAAUGACGGCCUACCGGGGAACAGUGGGUUAACUGCCUUGUUCAGGGGGCAGAACGACAGAUUUGUACCUUGUCAGCUCAGGGAUUUGAACUUGUAACCUUUCGGUGACUAGCUCAACGCGCUAACCACGAGGCUACCCUGCCGCCCCCUACAGAGAAAGGUCCACGUAUAUUUUUGCUAUGAUAUCCAUCAUAUUCCUAACUGCAACUCUAUUUUUCUAACGUGUGGGUAGGCUCAUGUAAAGCCUGUUUUCAGAUGACACACGAUGAAGCCUUUUGUUUUUAGUAAUAAAAUUGUAUAAUUCAGUUCAUGUUCCCUCGUUGCUAAGAUACACCCUCACUGUUCUGUCAGCCUGCCUGAUGGGUAGCCUGGAAUCCAGGAUGUGUUAACAUUCCACUCCUUGCCACUGUUUGGCAUGACAAGGAUUGGCAAGGAGUGGAAUGUUAGCACAAAGAUUACUGGAUUUCAGGCUACGUGUCGGUCAGACUGUUGGAAACCGUUCAAAACCACAAAUAUUGUCAGAAUGAACGUGAAACACUUUUAAAUGAUGUUUUGAACAAGUCCCUGAAAUUAACGCCUCGAUUGAAUUGAACCUGAAUUCAUUUUUUCCAUCUGAAAAUGGAACUAGCAGAUCUAUCCAGAUGUCUUUCUUACUUUAUUUUGGCACAAUGCAUUUUUAGUUAUGACCCUCACUGACGUUCAGUUGUCGUGGCCCCCAGUCUGUUCUGGUUAUGACCCUCACUAACGUUCAGUUGUCGUGGCCCCCAGUCUGUUCUGGUUAUGACCCUCACUGACGUUCAGUUGUCGUGGCCCCCAGUCUGUUCUGGUUAUGACCCUCACUGACGUUCAGUUGUCGUGGCCCCCAGUCUGUUCUGGUUAUGACCCUCACUGACGUUCAGUUGUCGUGGCCCCCAGUCUGUUCUGGUUAUGACCCUCACUGACGUUCAGUUGUCGUGGCCCCCAGUCUGUUCUGGUUAUGACCCUCACUGACGUUCAGUUGUCGUGGCCCCCAGUCUGUUCUGGUUAUGACCCUCACUGACGUUCAGUUGUCGUGGCCCCCAGUCUGUUCUGGUUAUGACCCUCACUGACGUUCAGUUGUCGUGGCCCCCAGUCUGUUCUGGUUAUGACCCUCACUGACGUUCAGUUGUCGUGGCCCCCAGUCUGUUCUGGUUAUGACCCUCACUGACGUUCAGUUGUCGUGGCCCCCAGUCUGUUCUGGUUAUGACCCUCACUGACGUUCAGUUGUCGUGGCCCCCAGUCUGUUCUGGUUAUGACCCUCACUGACGUUCAGUUGUCGUGGCCCCCAGUCUGUUCUGGUUAUGACCCUCACUGACGUUCAGUUGUCGUGGCCCCCAGUCUGUUCUGGUUAUGACCCUCACUGACGUUCAGUUGUCGUGGCCCCCAGUCUGUUCUGGUUAUGACCCUCACUGACGUUCAGUUGUCGUGGCCCCCAGUCUGUUCUGGUUAUGACCCUCACUGACGUUCAGUUGUCGUGGCCCCCAGUCUGUUCUGGUUAUGACCCUCACUGACGUUCAGUUGUCGUGGCCCCCAGUCUGUUCUGGUUAUGACCCUCACUGACGUUCAGUUGUCGUGGCCCCCAGUCUGUUCUGGGGCUCGUCAGUCAGUCAUUUUGAUCUUUCUGUUUGGUCCACUGUGUGCUUGGUUCCCUCAGCAGCCUGUAAUGUGGGGAGGGAAUGAAAACUGCAAAGCAGCAGAACAAUGGAUGUUAAAAAGCACUUUGUCAUGACAGACUUCAACUCAAACCAUUUUCUCCAAGCUGUUGCAAAAACUAUUUUGUAUUGUACAAUUCUUUUUUGGGGAAAAAAAUUGAAAUAAAUUUAAUCCACAGAAAAAAA